UUUCAGCAAUUACAGCAGCAGUCACAUUUGCCUCGGCAGCAUCUGCAGCAACAACGGAGCCCGUAUCCGGUGCAACAGGUCAAUCAGUUCCAAGGUUCUCCCCAGGAUAUGGCAGCUGCAAGAAACCAAGCGGCGCUCCAGAGCAUGCGGACAUCCCGAAUGAUGGCCCAGAACGCCAGCAUGAUGGCGCUGGGGCCCUCCCAGAGCCCCAGCACGCUGCCCACAACCGCUGGCCAGUCAGACAUGGGCAUGGCUCCCUACAGCAACGCCUCCGCCAGCCAGCCGGGAAUGUACAGCAUGAGCACAGGGAUGAGCCAAAUGUUGCAGCACCCAAACCAAAGCGGCAUGAACAUGGCACACAACGCGGGCCAGGGAACGAGGCAGCAGCCUGCCGCAGGACAAGCGGUGGGAAUGGUCGGCAGUUUUGGUCAGAGCAUGCUGGUAAACUCUGCUCUUCCGCAGCAUCAGCAGCAGAUGAAAGGACCUGUGGGCCAGGUCUUACCCCGGCCACAAGCCCCACGACUUCAAAACCUGAUGGGGACUGUCCCCCAAGGAACACAGAACUGGCAGCAGCGAGGCUUGCAAGCCAUACCUGGAAGGACUAGCAGUGAAAUGGGGCCCUUCAACAACGGCACAACAUACCCGCUGCAGUCUGGGCAGCCGCGGCUGUCCAAGCAACAUUUCCCGCAGGGGCUUAAUCAGACAGUUGUGGACACGAGUGGAACAGUAAGAGCCCUGAACCCAGCAAUGGGAAGACAGUUGCUGCAACCACUGCCUGGGCAACAAGGAGCCAGCCAGGCCAGGCCGAUGGUGAUGCCUGCAAUAAGCCAAGGGGUGCCCACGAUGCCUGGCUUCAGUCAGCCCCCAACGCAGCAAAUGCCAGGCGGUGGCUUUGCUCAGAGCAACCAAGGCCAGGCCUAUGAGAGGAAUCCCACUCAGGACAUAUCUUACAACUACAGCAGUGAAGGAGCGGGGGGGUCUUUCCCCAGUUUAGCAGAGGGCACAGACCUUGUGGACUCCAUCAUUAAGAGCGGACCAGGGGAUGAGUGGAUACAAGAACUUGAUGAGUUGUUUGGAAACCCCCAGUGAAUGGGCUUGUAUAGUCUGGUUGUUACGUUUGAAAAAAGAAAUGAGAAAGCUGGAUGUUC